UAGAGGGCGGCAGUGCGGGCCGGCGGCUGGGGCGGCUGGGGCGGCUGGGGCGGCGCUCGCUCCCUCGCAGCCGGCGCCCGCGGGCCGGGGCCCUAUGCUCAGCGUGGCGGCAGCGCGCGCCGGCGCCCGGGGCCGGGCCGGGGGCGGCCGGGAGGGGCGGCGGUGGCAGCGGGCGUAGCUCUGUCUAUGUCGCGGCGGCGGCGGCGGGCGCGGAGGAGGGACGAUGCGCGAGUACAAGGUGGUGGUGCUGGGCUCGGGCGGGGUCGGCAAGUCCGCCCUGACCGUGCAGUUCGUGACCGGCACGUUCAUCGAGAAAUACGACCCGACGAUCGAGGACUUCUACCGCAAGGAGAUCGAGGUGGACUCGUCGCCGUCGGUGCUGGAGAUCCUGGACACGGCGGGCACCGAGCAGUUCGCGUCCAUGCGGGACCUGUACAUCAAGAACGGCCAGGGCUUCAUCCUCGUCUACAGCCUGGUCAACCAGCAGAGCUUCCAGGACAUCAAGCCCAUGCGGGACCAGAUCAUCCGCGUCAAGCGGUAUGAGAAAGUGCCGGUCAUCUUGGUCGGGAACAAAGUGGACCUGGAAAGCGAGAGAGAAGUGUCCUCCAACGAGGGCCGAGCCCUGGCGGAGGAGUGGGGCUGCCCAUUCAUGGAGACCUCUGCCAAGAGCAAGACCAUGGUGGACGAGCUCUUUGCAGAGAUCGUGAGGCAGAUGAACUAUGCCGCCCAGCCUGACAAAGACGACCCGUGCUGUUCCGCCUGCAACAUCCAGUAGCGAGCGUCGACCACACAGGGGAAGCGUGUGCCAGCCUUGCCACCCCUCCUGGGAGCACACGGGCUGCUGUGGCUGGAGCCUGUGCUGAAGCGUGAGCAGGGAUUCUCAGUGGCCUGGGAACCACUGUGGUCACCACUGUCCUCAGCCUCCUUUCUGCACCUGCAGCUGGAAGGCCUGGCCAGUCGUCCCUCUGUGGGGCGACCUCCUUGGGAACCUGGCCGAGCUGACAGAAGCAACUAUUGUAAAAAACCAAACCAAACAAAAAAACAAACCCACAAGUGAUCAUGAGGGAGUGACCAGAAGAAAUCCUAGGCGCACCGGACAGUUAAAAUAUUUUGUCUUCUUUAAAAAAAAAAAAAUUAAGUAUAAAGGAGAAAUAUUUUCCUACGAGAGUACUGAACUUCAGGAAUCAAGAGAGUGCUUCUAACCAAUGUUUCCUGCCAGGCGAGCUGAGAACAGCUGAAGCUGCCAGAGGAAUUACAGAGGCAAGAGUCUGCUCGGCUGACACAUUUGUGCUGUGUGUGUGUGUGUGUGUGUUUCCUUUUUUGUUUUGUUUCGUUUCUGCUCUUGUUUUUUUCUUUCUCCAAAUCGGAUGCUUCUUGGUAGAGGUUAUCCUGAUGUGUGUCACAGAGCUUACUUACGAAUUGUCAGGUCUCCACAGAGCUAAAGUCAGGACAGGUUGUGCAAAAAAAUAAAAAGAAGCAAGCCUGGCUCUUGGAUGUUGUGUCCACCAGCCCUACCUGGCCUCAGACCACUGAUGGAGGCUGUGAGCGAGGGGUCAGCCCGGCCAGAAGCCCACCCUACGCACACUCCAUUAACCCAGCAGCACGGGUCUCCAUGGCCACACGGGAAGGAAGCCACCAUGAAUGAGAGAUUGCCAGGCCUCACUGCCAGGAUUCCAGGUUCUCGGGGAUGAACUGGCACUACAGAGUCAGGAAAGUGAAGCCAUGUCGCAUGCACGUGUCCCGUUCGCAGCGACCUCACAGGACAGACACAGUCCAGAGAUCUCUAGCGCCCCGCUCGCCUCUGUCUGCAGGGCCCUGGCGGCGGUGUGGCUCUCAGCCCGUCUGCUUUCAAAGUCAAGUUUGCCGCAGUUGCCGCAGAGCACCGCUGCAAGUUCUUGCAAAGCAGAAUAACCAUGGGAGAGAGUCCAGGCUUAAAGAGUAGCACAUACAUUUACAGGGUUGGAAGGUAAAGGGACAACAAGAACAGAAAGAAAAGAAUGCCCCCUUUAUCUUUAAUUUUCCAGCAGGAUCAAGAUUUUCCUGAUGACAGCUUUGCCCUGCCUCUGUGAAGGGGCGAAGAAAGCUAGGUGAAUGUUUCAGUGGUUCUUGGUGUUUUGGUUUUUGAAAAAGGUGCUUCAGCUCUGAUAUUGCGGGUUGGUUUUCGUAGCUGUGGAAUAUUUAUCAUUUGCAUGACUCUUUGUGGCACUGGGGGAAAAAAAAAAAAAAAACACCUCCCUGGAAGCUUUACAGUCAAAUGGAGGAAGGGGUUCCAACUCCCUUCAGCACGGGAGAUGCUGGAGAGGGUUGUCCCAAGCUGGUCCUCUGGAGAGAAAUUUGGCCAUCAGAGCUGCAGAGUCACAGAGCCUGGGCGCUUACACCACCUACAGAGUUCUGUUGGCUCCCAUCCUUGUGCAGAUAACCUCUGGUCUUCGCGUGCGUCCCCAGGGCAAGUGUGUAUUCGUGUGUGUGCAUGUGUGUUUGUGACUCCUAAGAAUUUGGCACAAGUCAGAGAGAGAGACCAGACCGGCCUCUCCUAAGAAGCUGUACUGCAAAAUAUAGUGUAUGAAAAAGCUUCUUUCUUUUUAACUUAUUUAUGUGAUUUUUAUAAUCCUUGAAAGCAUCGGUAGCGCGCCCCCCCCCAAUGUUUUAGCAAACCGGCAUUGGAAGAUAGCAGAAACAAAGGUGGAUGGCACCUUUUUUUCAUAGGUGAGAAGCUAGAACUGUGGGUAAAAGCAGGCCAUGGUCAUCUGGAGUCUUGGAAUUGUGAAUACUUUCAUUCUUCAGUAUGACUUUUUAAAAUAAAUCACCAAGUAUGAUGUAUGAACGCACUUGUUCACAGGACACAACAUUUGAACCAAGGUGACCCAAGCAAAUUACACUAUGUGAAAAUCGGCCUGACUCAGAUACGUGGAAGAAGCAGAGAUUCCAGAAGUAGGGCUUAACCUACCACAACCUACUCUGUUAGCACAGUGAUUCUUGAAGCCUCUACUGUUUCAGAACACAGUUCUGUCUUUUAAAAUUCCCACAUUUAAUAGCAGUUUAUGACAUCUACAAUUCCCUAUUAAAAAAAAAAAAACACACAUACACACACACCUGGUGAGAUUCUCAAGUUUUCCUUCACGUGCUGCUAUGCCAAUAUCAGAAGUAAGUCAUAGGGAAGUCACAGCAGAAUGCAAGGGGAAUUCUACUUAGUGUUUGUGACAAGACACUAAGAUGCUGAAAACAACUGAUGGAGCUGCCUGAUCAGUGUUUCCACACAGUCCUUCGCGUUGAGUGAUCAGAGCAUCAGAGAUCCUCGUGCCAGUCUUUCCUGAUGUGAACAUCACCUCCUUGAACUCGCAUGAGUUCAUCUGUGGAGAUCUUCAUUGAGAAACUCAAGAAGCAGGAAGACAGCGUGUGUUGACACAGGAAAGAACAGUGACCAUAAAGAAAAGUCAGUGACAUUGUGUUGCUACACACAGUGUCCCCUGAUCAGACCAGCCACUAGGAAAAGUGAAAGUUUUUCUAACAUGCCUUAAAAAAAUGUGGUUUGAUCCAAAGACCCACUUUUUCUUUAGGUCUUAUGAUAAUGUUUUCCUUUUGUUUUACCUUUGUCCUGUUUUAUACAAAAAGGCAGCAUUUUAAAGUCUCUCUCCCUUCCCCCCUUUUUUUCUUAUGAUUUUUGGGUCCUUUUAAGCUGUGAUAGUGAUGGUUACUGACGCCCUCCGUGCUGCUCAGCUUUCAGAAAGCAAGCUGGCAUCGUAUCAAAAGUACGCCACAAAGAAAAAAAAAUCUUUCUUCAACUCCUGAAAGGUGCUUUGAUAAAUUUCUCCUUUGGUUUGCAGAAUUAGGACUGAGCUUUGGACUCCCAAAUGUUCAGUCACCAUCACUUUCCCGGGGUCAGACUACUGAUACUUGUAAAAAUGCUGCCUAAGGAUGUGUUUCCAGUGGGAGUCUUGUCUGUGUGUAUCUGACUACAAUAAGUGCUCAUUUGGCUUGUUGAAGUUUUUUCCUGUAUGUUCCUAUGUUCCUGUUGUUCUUUUUAUUUCCCUUAUCCCUUUUUUUUUUUUUUUUUGUCCUCGGUAAGUCUGUUGUUAGCACUGUACUGAGUAAGCUUUAAUUGUCUCCUUAGCCAGUCAGAUAAAUGUUAAAGACUACGGGGGUCUUUUUUUUUUUUCUUCAUUAACAUAUCAUUGUGCAUCUAUUAAAUCUUGAUCAGGGUUUUAAGAAUGACUGACGUGGGUUUUGGAAACAGACUUACCAUUAUUGAUUUGGGGUUUCCCAGAGAUAACAGUUCACAGUUAAUAGUUGAGCUCUAAUACAACUGACCAUUUACAAUUGAAUGACAGUUUAUUGUUUUUGUAACAAUGUCAGUUGUCAAGCCUUGACAUUUCAAUUAAAACACGAGUCGUGGUUAUAACUCAAUGCAAAUUCAACAGUUGUAUUUGGAGUUAAAUUAUUUUAACAAAUAAAUUUAUUUAAUGAAACUUC